CCACUCUCGACCUCCUUUGGCAACCCCGAACCUAGAGCCGGGCCUCGCCCCGCAGGGCAGCCGGUCCUGCGCGUGCUCCGGGGAGGGCGGCAGGCACCAUGAAGCGUGUGGCGACUCUGCGCCUGCUCUCCGACCUGAGCAACUUCAGCGGCGCGGCCCGGCUUCGGGAGUUUCUGGCUGCGGACCCAGCCGUCCGAGUCCGCUGCAGCCCGGACGGCCGCCACCUGCUGCUGCUGCGACCCCCGGGGACGUCAGCCCCGCAGCUGCUGGUCGCAGUUCGUGGACCCGGAGAGGAGCUGGAGCGCUCCUGGCCGGCGGACCACCCCUCACCUCUAGACGCCUUCUUCCUGCCAUGGCCCGUGCGACCCGCGCUAAUCUUGGUGUGGGAAAGUGGCCUGGCGGAGGUGUGGGGCACGGGCGUGGGGCCUGGCUGGCGAAUACUUCAGAGUACCAAGCUGUGUCUGGGCGGUGCAUCCCGCGUGGUGGCAGUGGCGGCGCUUCGAGGCCGCUUGGUGUGGUGUGAGGAACGACACGGUGAUGCUAAGGGCCAGCUACAGCCGCCCUCAGCUGCCUUCAACCACUGCUUGUGCGUCAGAACCCUGGAGCCCAGCGGGGAGACCGGCACCAAUCUGGGCCGCACACACAUUCUUCUACACCAUUGCCCCCCUUUCAGGCUACUGGCCUCUCGCAAGGACCUCUUCCUGGUGCCCACUGCCACCACCUGGCCUGGCGUGGACCACAUUCUGCUCAUCUGGAGCCCAGGAAAGGGUAAGUUGAUGGUGGCUGCCCCAAGUCUUCGCCUCUCCUACGGUAAGAGCCUGAAUCCUGGACGAGGGGACACAUGGGACUUCCGGACCCUGCUCCGACGCCUUCCUGGGCUUCUAUCCCCCAGGCAGCCAUUGACUGUACAUACCUGGGCCCCAACUCCCCAGGGUCUACUAUUGCUUGACUUCAGGGGCACUGUGAGCCUGGUUCAGUCCCACGGUGGUACCCGGACUGUGGGCACGCUUCAGGAAGCACCUGUAGGCCUGGCAGGGUCUGCAGCGCUGGGAACGUUCCAUGGUACUCUAGCCUGUGUGCUGGGCUCCACAUUGGAACUGUUGGACAUGGGCAGUGGGCAGCUGCUGGAGAGGAAGGUCCUCAGUACAGACCGAGUACAUUUGCUUGAACCCCCAGCCCCUGGCACAGAAAAUGAGGAGAAGAUGGAGACCCGAGGGGGUCUUCGUUUGCUUUCAACCUUGGGAUUGUUUCAAGUAGUAUGGGAAGCCCCACAGGGCCUCCAGCUGCCUUCAGCUGGAGACCUGGUGUUUGAGGAAGCCUGUGAGUACUACCAACGGCGGAGCCUACGGGGUGCCCAGCUCACCCCAGAGGAACUGAGACACAACAGCAUAUUCCGGGCACCUCAGGCCCUGGCUUCCAUCCUUCAGGGCCAUGUGUCCCCAUCUACACUGUUGACCACACUGAGGGCCGAGCUCCGGGAUUACCGGGGCUUAGAGCAACUCAAAGCCCAGCUCGUGGCUGGGGAUGAUGAGGAGGCUGGCUGGACUGAGCUGGCAGAGCAGGAAGUGGCACGCCUGCUGAGGACCGAGUUGAUGGGAGACCAGCUGGCCCAGCUGAACACCAUUUUCCAAGCCCUUCCUACAGCAGCCUGGGGUGCCAUCCUUAGGGCCCUGCAGCUCCAACCAGAUGGGAAUGGCAGGUUGAGGUCCCAAGCUCCUCCUGAUGUGUGGAAAAAGGUACUAGGUGGUACAGCAGUUGGAAAGGAACUCCCCAAUGGGGUGCUCCCCCUCUUUGAACUUCUAUGCCAGUGCCUCUGCCAGCUGGAACCACGAUGGUUGCCACCCUUUGUGGAGUUGGCACAGCAGCAGGGCGGGCCUGGCUGGGGUGCAGGGGGCCCAGGGCUCCCCCUGUAUCGCCGAGCCCUGGCAGUACUAGGUGAGGAGGGGACCAGACCUGAGGCACUGGAGCUAGAGCUGCUUUUGGGCAGUGGGCGGCCCAAAGCUGUGCUCCAAGCUGUGGGGCAGCUGGUGCAAAAGGAACAGUGGGAACGGGCUCUAGAGGCUGGCCUGGCCCUCGGCCCCUCCAGCCCCCUUCUUCGAAGUGAGAUCUUCAAACUGCUAUUGGCCGAAUUUGCCAGGCACCGCCGGCUUGAUGCUCAUCUCCCCCUCCUGUGCCGCCUGUGCCCGCCAGAACUAGCUCCAGCUGAGCUCCUCCUUCUACUGCGGACACACCUCCCAGAUGAGUCGAAGCCCCCUACCCCAUUCCCUGAGCCUGGAGCAGAGCCCCCUCUCACUGUGGGCUUGGUCAGAGCUCUGCUAGAGCAGGCCGGGGCUCAAGGACGGUCCUCAGGCCCAGUUUUAAGCCUAUAUGAAGACAUCCUCUGGGACGCAGGCACUCCACCUCCCACCCCACCUCGAGGACCUAUGACUACCCUACAGGCAUCAGACCACACAGGGCCAGAGGCUUGGACACCAUCUGGACAGGGCCUCUGUGUGACUGACACAGGCUGAAAAUCAUUUCUGUGAUCAGGGAAGGAUGCCUAGGAGUUCGAGAGGGCCAUGGUGGGGUCCGUGUGUGCAAUAUUCUCCUCUCUUCUGAAGCAAUGUUAAAAUAUAUAUGUAUGUUAAAUAUUGUGAUAUAAUAAAUAUGUUUGGUCUUUAUCCUCAGGUUUUGUCCUGGUACAGGGCUCUCCUAAAACCCUUGGACUUUCCUGAGUGAUAGGAAUGUCUUUUGUUAUUCAUAAUGAACCCCUUUGGAGAUCUGCCUGCCUCAAUACAAAUGAGGAUGUGGCCCCCAGCCUUUAGAUGGGGCUGGUUACCAGAAAGACCAAGUGAUGAGAGGGCCGGAACUUUCAGCCCCAUCCACAACCUCCUGGGAAGAGAAAUUGAACUCUAUAAAAACUAAAGGAAAUUUGAUGAGCUGCUAGAUCGGUGAACGCAUCAAGGUGCUAGGAGGGUGGAUGAUAUCCAAAGAAGGCAUAGGAGCUGCAGGCCCACAAUCCCCUACCCCGUACCUCAUCCUAUACAUCUCUUCCAUCUGCUUUUCCUGAGUUGUAUUCUUUGCAAUA